AUGAGUGACCCGGUGAUGGCGGCCGAUGGGCAUACGUAUGAGCGGUCGGCGAUCGAGCGCUGGCUCGCGACCAAGUCGACGAGCCCGAUGACGGGCGAGGCGCUCGAGCACAUCUGUCUCUUCCCGAGCCACAUCCUGCGCCGUCAGAUUCGAGAGUGGCGAGAGGCGCAUCCAGGGCGGCGCAAAGAGCUGCAUGCCACCGAAGGCGCUGUCGAGGUUCGCCGAGCGCGGCGAAAUCCGGGGAAGCCGCCACCGACGAGCGCGUUGGACUUUUCACUCCGGACAAAGACGGCCGCACGCACACGAGCUGCGGUCGUGCGGCCGUCAUAG